UUGUGUGGAAUGUUCAUUUUGUCUCUACGUUUUCUUAUAUUAAAAGGUGUCAUUAGGCUUAAAUUACAGAAUUAUGUGGAAAAUAAACGAGAAUUCGAACCACCAACUACAACAGCUCCAGGAUAUGGUGAAUGUUUUGGUCCAAUCACAAGAAUCCUAGAAUUGGUAAACAGUGCUUUCGAGGUGAAUAAAAUUAUGAACGCAAGAAAGCUGGCUAUUGCAAGUGCCAGUUUGAUGGGCCUCGCUGCGUUUUGGUGGGAGAAUCGAAGAAGAAUGGAACCAAGGAUUCUGUACUGGGAUAAUAAGUGUGCUCAAGACCAAAGUUUAGUUCACCAGCAAGGUGCCAUAGAAACAGUAGAUAAGUACGCCGCCAUGUUGGUAUUGUUUCAACGGUUGAGAAGAGUUGGAAAUCAGUACUCUGAGAGUACGAAGGUGGAAAUGUUCGUGCAAGGCCUCCGCCCUGAUUUGUCAUUGUCCGUCCAACCGUUUAUGCCAAGUACCCUUUGGGAAGCUGUAGAAAGAGUCCGGAUUUGUGAAAUAACAAUCGCGUGCAAUUUGGUUGUGUACGGUAGUGCCUCCUCCAACACCACGAGCAACAACCCUUAUGCCCCAAUAAUAAAAAACCCCGUAGAACAAGUUGCUUCCUUACUAAAAGAGAUUGUCUCUGCCUUGACAAACAGGACCAAACCAGCCACCACUGAUACACCUAAUAAUCGUAAAAUAACGGACGACCCAGAGGAUCCGUUAGAAGAUGUUCGAAACUUAUUUGACAUUGUCGUGACUGUGAAAAUAGAAUCGGAAUUAGAAAAGAUGAAUGUAAGGCAACCAACAGCAAUAACAUAUCAAAUGAGCUAUGUUGAUAAAGCUUGUGACCUCGACUAUCGUUAUCGAAAUGAAAUAAAAAUUGAAAAGUAUGAAUGCAUAAUACUCAUUGAAUAUCAAAAACUUGCGGAUGAAAAUUGUGCUGGUUGGACCGAAGGGAAAAUUAAGCCAAGAGCGAUGGAUGCUGCUAGUAGAACGGCUGUAGAAGAACGACGUGAUGAUGAUGGCAACGAUGUUGUGGUGUUUGACAGAGGAAAGGAAGCCGAAUCAUGA